ACGAAUAAAGUGAAUGGGCAUCAUUAUCAUCAUCAUCAUCAUCAUCAAUUUUUGUUGUUGUGAUUAAAACGCAAACUUGAAUAGAAUAAAAGGAAGGAAAAUUUGAUUCGAAGAUCGUUGGUAAUUUUUGUGGGUGGAAUUGAAUUGAUUUUGAAUUGAGAAAAAAUGGGAAGAGGAAAAUUCAAGAGCAAGCCCACCGGCCGCCGCCACUUUUCCACCCACGAAGACAUCCUUGCUGGAACCUCUAGCCGUCCUCGAUCUUUUAGACAGAAAGAAGCUGAGAAUGAAGCUGAAGAACCUAAGGAAGAAUCUGGGGAUGAAUCUGGUGAAGAAGCCGAUGAAGAUACUAGAAAGAAUAAAGGAACUCAAGGGAUUAUUGAGAUUGAAAAUCCUAACUUGGUAAAGCCAAAGAACUUGAAAGCUAGAGACGUUGAUGUUGAAAAGACAACUGAACUUUCAAGGCGUGAAAGAGAAGAGAUAGAGAAACAGAGAGCUCAUGAACGCUAUAUGAGGCUGCAAGAGCAAGGAAAAACUGAACAAGCAAAGAAAGAUUUAGAACGAUUAGCUCUUAUACGUCAGCAAAGGGCAGAAGCUGCUAAAAAGCGUGAUGAAGAGAAAGCUGCCAAAGAGCAAAAGAAGACUGAAGCACGCAAGUGAAUGUCGUGUGGCCGAACCUUACUUGAAUUAGUAGGCUGAAUAUAUUCUCUCACUACUCUUAAAUAUUGUGUCCGUUUAAUGGCUCUUACGGUGUUACCAUUCCAAGUUGGUAAUAUGUAAUGCAAUUAUUCCAGUCGAGCAUCAUGUGGCUUGAAAUCUUGAUUAAAUAAACACUUUUCUUCACAUCGAGCCGGGGGAUAGUUUAGAAUUUUUUUACCCCUGGACACCCUCCAUUUAGCACUGCAAAAUUUUGGGAAAGUGGGGGGUGUUCUAAUUUAUAAAAUUGCAUUCUCAUAUUUGUUUUCAUCAUGAUGGUGAAAGUUUUGGUUCUAUUGGGAGUAUUAUAUGUGCUUAGCUUUUCUAUGUGUUUGUUGCUAUUUGUUAUUUGCUA